AUGUCAGCCUUUUCCGUGGUCACCAUCUCAAUCGUCAUUCUUCUUGUCAUCAUCCGUUAUAGCAGAAAAGGUCUCAGUUGGGUAUCAACAUUCUGUAGAUCACAGUUCCCGAAGCAUGACGGCAUCAAGAGUCCUGAAGUGAAGAAGAUGGUACCAUAUCCGGCACAACCAAUUCCAGGCCGAGAGAGAUACCGCAUCAUGAUGAAUAUCCGGAAGCUUGAUGUUCAAAACUGGCUCACUUUGGACAAAAACUACAUGGCAGAGCACCGAGUACGAGACCAUUUGCUUCGAGAGAAGAGGGACAAGGUCUUACGCUGUCUACCUGAGUCGAUAGAUGCUUGCCAGGAAGCUCUCGGUGAAGUCUCAAAGUUUCUCUGUCAGCGGUUUCCGAAUGUAUUCCAUAAGGUGACUGAGGGAGAGAAAGAAUGGGUUGAAAAUCUGAUGACGAAAGAGAAGUUCGAUAUUGAUUCCUGCGGGGAUUCUUCGAUUGAGAACAACACCGAAGCUCUGGAGGCUGCAGUUCGUCUCACGAUGGAAGACCUGAGUAUUCUUUUGAAGAAUGACGAAGGAGAAUACUACCUGGCAGCCAGUGCGAGUCUAUUCCCCACUGGGUGGACGGUAGAAGAGCGCAUUGGAUGGUCCAUUUCUCGACUACACAAUCCAGUACCUCUGUGGCACCAGCAAGUAGGUAGCUCAGUGUGCAAAUUCUUAAGCCGCCUCACUCCAACUUCACCAAUGGAACGGUCCAACUACUUCAUUGAAGUGAAGAAACCCAACGAAGAUCUGUUUGAUAUUCUUUACCGCCCCGGAGCACUUUGCGAGAAAGAGCUCUGCAAACUCUCACCGAACGAGAUAAUAAUCCGUCGCGAGAGACAGACUUUUCGCCGAUUACCACGCACCGGUGCACUCCUCUUCGCUGUCAAGACGUAUCUGACGCCCAUUGAAGAGCUCCCGAUGCAAGAGCUUGAGAAUCUCGCCAAAGAAAUGAAGAGCUGGCCUGAUUAUGUGAGCGAAUAUAAAGGGAAGGAUGUGGGGAGCCAAGGUGCUGGAGUAUUACAACAAGCGCGUUGA